GCCGGGGUCUCUCAAGAGUAAAAAGUCUUUGCAACUUUGCUUUAUAUAGAAAGUUGAAUGGAAAAAAGGCAAAUUAGAGGAUGAUAACUAAGUGCAAUUCGAGCCUUGCAUUAGAUACCGGAAUUGAUCCACAAUUAGUGCAUCAUAUGCGCAUUCUUUCACCAUUCUGGUAUAUGAAAGUAUCUUAUUCUCCAAAUCUUUUUGACAACUUUUCUACUUGGGCAGGGGAAUUCAUUCUUUUUCCUUAUUCCUCAAUAUUUUCAAAGUCCACAGCUCUAACCUCUCUAUCUCUUGAGGGAGCAUAACGUGGGAUAGUGAUUCGCUUGAUUGAACGAAAGAGGAUUGGAUACAUAAAACAGGAGGAAGCGGGAAAUGACCGCGGAAUUAUAUUCUUUUGGAGAGAAAAUGGAGAGUAAAAGUGGGUUAAUGAGAUUCUAGAGAAUGAGAAUAUGGGAAUCCAAAACUAAAGAAAGCUUGGUGAGUCGCAUUCUCAACUCAAGAAUCUUUUUUUGUUCAUCUCAACCCGAACCCAAGAGAAAAGAGGGACAAUUCGGGUCAAUUUCUUUCCGCUUUUACUUAUUCUCGUUUUACUCAGUGAUUUUUGUGGAUAUUUUAAUGAACUGUGAUUCUUAUAAGCACACAACAAAAGAUUGAGAGAAUCAUGGUAGGAGUUUAGUGUACACCACAAGAGAGUGUUGUCUGCAUCCAACCGAAUCAUGUAGCAGUUUUGUGAUUUUGAUUUGAAUAUUAUGAAACUAUUAAAAAUCGAAGAAGGCAUGGCGCGACUGGUUGCAAACGCAAAUGCUGGCUAAAUUCGACAAGUUGGAUCAUUAUAAAGAGUUGAUUGUCUAGUUGCAAGUAGUUGGUAGUGGUAUCCAUUCUUGUUUUUCUUCUUUUCAUUUUGAUACAUUCUUUUGGUUCGUUUACAUUCUUUUUAUAUUCCUUUUAAACAUUUAUUUCAAAAGUUGUUUCUAAAACCCUUUGGAACAUGGAGAAGUAAGAUUCCAUAUUUGGAUAAUACUUUUUAACCCUCUGGAAUGGCAUAAACAUCAACGUUUUAAGCUAAAAAUAGAUGAUGAAGCUGAAUAAACCGGUUCUGACCGGUCCAAAGAAUGUCUCCACAGUUUACGGUUGGACCGACUCGGUUUACGGAGCUAAAAUGGUCUAAACCGCAGGUGAUCGAUCGGUGGACUCUCUUUCUUGUUGAACAGAGGAAGAAGGAAACAGUAACAGAGUAUAAACCCUACGACCCAAAAACAAAUCUGUUCUGGGUUCCUCGAGCUUUCUUCGUCUAAGUAAAUGACGGAUUCUGAGCAUGAUAUCGAUAUCAGAUGCCAUCACUGCGCAGGCCCUCUUACGAAAAAUUUGGAAACCAGUAAAUGGACUGUUGCUCCGUUCAUCAGGGAUAGCUUUUCGAUGAUUGGAUCAGCUGUUGGUGGUACGGCAAGUGCAUUCAUUGGAUUUAACCAUGCAAUGCCUAUUGUACGCAAGUGGAUCAAAGGACCCAUGUGGUUACAUUUUCUUGUUGGGGCACCGCCUGUUAUAGUUCUUUCAUCAGCCUGUGCUGGACUAGCAGGUGGCACUGUACCGGCACUGGCACAGCUCGCUUCAUCUUCAUACCGAGCUGCAGUCCAUUCGUCUCAGCCACCACAAGCACAAAAGGAUAACAAAAUGCAAAAGUCUACAACUUCUCCUCUGUAAAUCACACAGCACAGCUCUCUCUCUUUUGUUCUUAUUUUCUUUCUCUCCAUUUUGUAUGUCAAAUCUUCUCUUUGAGAGAGAACUUCUUGGUGUUAUACAACUCUCUGGUACUAAAAAAAAGGCUUAACCAUGUCACGGGCUUUAUGGUUUGGUGGUAUAAGGAAUAAUUUGUUGUUUUAGAAUCUAUGGGGUUUCUUUUUAGUAUUUGAACAAUUUUGGCUCUAUUUUGUUAAAAUUUUCACGAGGGUAAAGUUGGAAUUUCAGGAAGAGAUUUAGGGGAUUAGGGUUAGGGUUUUUGACCAAAAGGCAUUAUAAUACUCGAGCAACCAAAUCACUCAAAGCUUCAAAACUACUUGAUCUUAUCUGAGCUGAGAAAAAGGGUUUAUCGUUAGGGUUUCUACCUUUUUCCGGCCAACGAGCAACCCCAAUUUCCUUCACUUUCGAGGGUUUGGCUGGCGGCUCCGGUGACGUGAAAGGUUUCGAUUGCCUAAUCGUUAAUUUCCCUUUGUUUUCUGCGAUGAAGACUGCUUGCUGCCUGAGCUCACGAUUUACUCGGUGCUGUGAUGGCUUUUGCGAGCUUUAACACCCAUCAAUAUUUAUGUGUUUUCGAAAAUUUUAGAUUUUGAUUCAAAGGUUUUUUCUUUCUGUGUUUUUGUUUUUAUUUUUUGAUUUUUUGUCCACUCUCAUCGAUUAUACGAAUUUGUGGGUUUUAAUCUCUCAUAUCAGAGUCCAUUGUCGUUGCUCUUUGUUUCAUAAUUCUUUGAGAAAUCUAAUUCACGCCUGCAAAUACAUAGUAGGAAUUAUUUUGGUCUACAAGUAGAUAUAUAUGCUUCUGUUUGUAGUUUCCUAAACAUUCUCUAGAGACACCAAGAAGAUUUUGCCUUUCUGUUAUAAUGGCGUGUACUGAAUCAAAUUAUGGUUAAAACUAGGAUUAGAUCCAAGUCAGGUUUGUAGAAGAACCUAAUGGAAUCGGGUAAUGUUGGAUUCUAGGAAGAAGAUGAGAAGCUUAUAUUCAAACAGCAGCCGAGUUUUUCCCAUUUCUGGCUUCUAUGUCUUCUUUGAUUGUUAUUGCAAGGGAUACUUACUGUCUCUAAUUCCAAAGUUGUGCGGCUUCUUCUGAGAGAUCUUAGAGCCAUUUGCAAUGUUUCAGGUGCUAUCAGUGGCUGUUCCAUUGUUCCAAUGGUGUUUGAGCAAACAGGACAAGACGGAUCUCGGGUUUGAGCUGUUGGGGUCACUUUGUCUAAACACUCAACAUGGUAGACGUGAUGGCAGGGGAAAACACCAGCGGCUGGCAUGUCUCUUGAUCUCAGUAUCUUGUAUGAGCUCCAUGGAGAUUUCUGAGAUAAAAGCUUCUUGCAAAUCCCGCAUCUCUGCUGUGUCAUUGAACCUGGUUCAGAUCUCGGGUUUUCGACUUCUGUAUCAUUGGGCCUUUCAACAUCUAGCAACAUGUCAUUGCUGUUCGAGUUUGGUGAUACUUCUUCCUCUACUUGGUGGUUUCUUGUGGACGUUAUGAAACUGGAAUCAGGAUUUGUGGACGAAUCUUCUUGUGUAUGAUUGGGUUCAGGAUUCUCACAAACUGAAACCGGGUUGCAGAAGACUCGAGGGUAAGAGCAGUGAGUAAGGCUGGAAGACUGGUUACUUGGAGUCUCCCAUGGGGCAGAUGACUCUGAAAGAGACAGCAAAGAUCUGAAACUCGUUGAGAUGGCUGUACUGUCUCUAUCAAAACCGUUCUCCUGAGACACAGUUACAUCAAAGAGCGACAAGGUUCAGCCAAAGAUGAAAUCAAGAAAAGCUCAUCUUCAAGAUUAAUGUACUUGAUGUGUUAAGAAGACCUGAAUUACCUCGUUUAUGCAUUGAGUAUUUGAGUUAGUUGGUCUUGAUAUACUAUCAACAAUGGACGUUUUCUGUUCAUUCCCACCAGAAGCAGAUGAGUUUGAAGCCCAUCUUGGCGAUUCCUGAAACCUGAAUUCCAAACUUUUUCUUUGUCUACUGCUGCUUGAGUAGAAUGCAAAAGCGGGACUCUCAUCGCCCAUUUCCUGUUCCAAGCCAUCUCUUGUAUAUCCAGCAGGUGAGAAGCUGAAAUUCGUCCGCCAUUGCAUGGCAUCGGCUUGACUUGAUUGAGGAAUAUCCCUUGCGCUGCGUACUGACAAUUUUGUUGUAACCAGUGGCCUUGAGGCCACGAUACAACAGAGUGCACCCGUUUUGAGCUCUGGUUUGUUCUCAACGCCUUGAAGGCCAAAAAUACUGCCAAAACCCAAAAGGAAGAGAAGACUUCUACAUCAAGAACUUUUGUAACUUGUAAACUCUGUGGGAAGAUGAGUUAAUGAUUGUAAUCUUACUUAAUAA